AUGGAUAGGUGAUAAUUGAUCAGCGGUGAGAUGUAAACACUGAGACUAAAUUUAUCAUCGUCUUGAGGGGCUGUCAAGACAAGAGAGUAUUAAUUGACCAAAGGGCAUAUGACCAUAGAGGGAAGUAACAUGGGGGAACAGCCCAUCUUUACUACCAAAGCUCAUGUCUUUCACAUUGACCCCAAGACUAAGCGAGCGUGGAUUCCGGCUAGCUCUCAAGCCAUCAGUGUUAGCUUCUUUUACGACUCCACAAGGAAUUUUUACCGAAUUAUAAGUGUAGAAGGGACCAAGGCUGUGGUCAACAGUACCGUAACUUGUAACAUGACAUUCACAAAGACGUCUCAAAAGUUUGGACAAUGGUCAGAUGUCAAGACUGGUACAGUGUAUGGCCUGGGCUUUCCGUCUGAAGGAGAUUUAAACAAGAAUUCUAAAGAAAUAUUUGAUUGUACUGAUGGAAACUGGCAGUUACGUAACCUCUACCCCGCGGUGGACAGAGUGCAUAUAGCCCAUUGUUUAGCUUUGCACUUAGAAACAACAAGAACAUAACUUUUUCAAAUGAACUUUUAUUGAUGCACGUAUAAAUCAAUAUCGAUUAUUUAUUUAGCGAAACGGACGAUUAAAAAAAAGCCUGUUAUCAAAUUUGUCAACACCUACUCAAUAUUAACGUUAA